UAUUCAAAAUUUAUUUUUUUUUUUAGAAAUUCUAAAGUAAAAUUCUUUUUUUAUUUUUUAUUGUUCAUUUAUAUUUUUACACUUGUCUUUUUAGAAUUAAUUCUUUUCGUAAUUAAUUGUAAAUUUUAAUUUAUGAUUAUCAUGAUAAAUAAAUCACCGAUCUUUUCUUCUUUUCAAUAUUUAUAUAUAAGCAUAGCAGUCUUAAGACGACUAAAAUAAGCGUGUAUUAAAAUAAAGUCAAACGUAACAUUUCAAGUUAAAAAUACGACAGUGUAACGCCGAGUGUUCUUGUAUGCGGAUAUUCUCGUUCUCGUUCCCUGAUGAUCAUAUUUUCUGAAUAAAAUCUUCCAUCUCCGUUUCUACGGAUACAAUGCAGGAGGUUCGCGACGAAGAAGCGCGAGCCGAUGAAACAUCAGACCGAGACGAUGCUACCCUCGAUCAAGCACCCUCGAUUCAUUCUUCCCUCGAAAGUAGUAUGCCAUCUCUAGCUGACGUUUCCUUGCAGACAGGACAGAGUUUGUUAGCCAACGAGAUCGUCGAGAAACCGCAACAACUUACCAAACAAACCUCUACCAAUCAAAUUCCGAUCGCGACAGAAUGUCACUCGUUGACUACCCAAACCGUCGACACAGUACACCCUGCUAUGGAGAGUAUCCAAACCCAAGAAACGAUAAAGAUUCUAAAAACCACGGAAGGUGAUCACGACGUUAUCGAGAUAGCCACGAAGAAUGUGCCAACUUCCGCUCAGGAAAUCGUUCAAGAUCGUCCCGAACAAAUAACCGAAGAUAUCGUUGUUGACAUGAAAUAUCAAGAUCCCACGAACACUGACAACACCACCAGUGAAUUAAACAUCGUUCACGCUGCUCCACAAUCGUUCGAGACCGUUUUAGUCGAACCUGACGACGUGACUACCGAAGUGGUGGUAGAUGAAGAUGGUUCUAAGAGAAUAAUAGUAAGGAAAUUGAGGCGAACCAUGAUGACUAGUAAACAAACAACUCAACAACAUCUGUCUUCGACAUCCACCGCCAUUGGUGAUGCUCCAUCCGUGGUGCAGGCUUUCUCAGAGGCUACCAUGAAGGAUCAGCAGGUCACUAUAACUACCACGAAGCCGGAUGGUACAAUAGAAACUGUUACGAAACAAAUCCAUGGAGGAAGAGUGGCCACCGGCACACCAUUCAAAGAUGUGAACGUGGAUGAAUACGAAUCAUCUCCGCAAUAUACGCACACGGUGACUCAAGGGCACAUUCGAGACAUCAGUCCUCAACCAUUCGAAGAGGGAAUUUUAAUGGAAAGUGGAGAAUAUCGAGCAAAAACGUCCAGCGUGCAUGCUGUAGUGCAGCAAGUAACUAGAAGAGUUGUUAGGAAGACUAGAAGAAUUAUCAGAAAGGUAACUAUUAUCGAUGGUAAGGAAACUACCACUGAGGAGAUAAUAGAGGAACCCGAGGAAGUGGAGAUCGAUGAAAAGAAUAUUCCACAUAUAAGUAUCAAUGUGAUUAAGCAAGAGGAGCAGAGAAAUCUUGGUAAAGAUGAAGGAAUUGAAGAAAAGGUUCCAGAUCGCGUCGUGGUUGAGGAUGUUACUGAGAAAGAAGAUAAAGAGGACAAAGAUUCGAAAGUGGAAAAAGUCGUUACCGAUGAUAUACCUAUGCAAGGACCAUUCUUUGGUGCAUUUGCUAAAGAUAUGCACCCAAGCACGACUUACUUAGCAACAGAGAGAGAGGAGCCAUUGCCUGAUAAGAAAGACACUCAUACAACAGAAAAGAAGGAAGAAAAAAUUGAUAUAAAUGUUCGAUCAGAAAACGCUCUGGAAUUUUCAGACAUUCAAGAAUCUUUACAAAGUGUAGAAGAAUCUUUAUUACAGAGUGGAAAAAGCGACAAAUCAUUAAAAGCAAUCGAAAAGAAAGUUGAACCAGCUGAUAAAUACGAGCAUGAGCACUUUUUGGUCGAGGUAAAUGGCAAAAAGUUCCUUCAAUCGACCAGCCAGGCAUUUAUCGAUGCUGAAGUGUCGGCUACUUUGCAGAGCCCGAGUCAAGAGAUCAAGAUACGAGAAUCACAAGUACAGGAAGAAUUAGCUAAGUCUUCUUCAAUCGAAUCUGUUGUGUCAGAGGACUUGACGAGCGUGACUAAAGGGACUUGUAAGUUUAUCGAUGCACCAAUAAGCAGAGAAACACCCCGUAUCGAGGUAGAAGAUCGCACGGUAGAUGUAGAAAAGCACCAUGACACUAGAGGCACUGUAGAUGUACCUGUCCUAGAAGAAAAGCCUUCGAUAGAAAGAUGGAUGAAAGAGAAAUCAGAAUCGUUAACAAAAUUAGCUUCGAUGGAAGUACAAAAGAAAGUUCACGUUUCAGAAGAACGACCAGUUCAGUUCGAAGAGAUAAUUCCUUCGACCUCAACACCAAUCGAGAGGAAAAGGCACGUGGAAUUGGAGGCAUUACCGAUUGACGUGAAGCAGCAGAUAGUGAAGAAUUCUUUCGUCCCAGAAAUCGAUUAUUCGAUCGAUGAUUACAUGGACGAGGCACUGAAACCGGAAUACAAACCUAUUUUUCAUAAAGUAGAAAUAUCUCUGGCUGUAAAGAGGGAAGGUGAAGAGAUGCAACCUACUGUAUCUGUGAGAAGUCAGUCUGAACCGGAAGCAGCUCCUUAUCGCUUAGUGAAGGAAGAUGUCGACAUCAGACUUCCGGCAGACAAAGAGAGCAUCUCGGUGAUUCAUGAUAAAAUUGUUCAAACAUCUCCACCAAUGGUUGAACCUAAAGUUAUCGGUUUAGAUAAGUCUGUCGGUGGUUCAGAUAAAGAAAUUGUCACAUCGGAUAAAUGUGUCGUUACAUCUGAAAAAGAGGAGACCGACAAAUCGAUCAUCAUUUCAGAAAAAGAAAUCGUCACGUCUGAAAAAGAGGAGACUGACAAAUCAAUCAUCACCUCGGAAAAAGAAGAAAUUUCUGAUCAUGUCAUCACGUCGGAAAAAGAGGACGAAUGUUUGACAGAGCCUACAGUAGAACCAGAAGUAGAAGCAAUUAUACAAUUGGACAAGAAGAUCGAAAAACGGAUUGAAUCACCGAUGUUGUCCAUAGAAACGAAAUCAAGCAUUUCUUUAAUAUCCAACAUUGGAGACUCAAUGGAAAUCGAUGUGCCGUUGUCCGAUUCGUCGAGGCAUGCGAGCGAAGCACCACAACCUGAUAUCGCGAAAAUGUUUGAAUCUAGGGAAGUAGAGUUGUAUUUGAAAGAAGAAACAUCGGAAGGGGAAGAUGGUUACGAGGCGGAUAGAACAAUCGUGACGACUACACCAGAUGACGAAACUGUGACAAAAACGAAGAGGAGAAAGAAGAAGAAGCAGAGGGUACGAAGUAGUAAGGACGAAGAGCAAACUGAAUUCCCUAAGACAACCACCGAUGAUGGAGAAUUCACGGACGAUGAGACACUGGCAGAGAGCGAGGAUGCAAAAGCUACGAAGAAAAAAAAGAAGAAAAAGAAACGGGAAGAGAUUGACUUUGGUAAAGAAAAAAACAUUCCAACCAUGAUUAUGGCAGAUACUCAAACUGUUCCUCGAGAAUUCAGUGUCUCCAUUGCUACGUCCCCGAAACAGGAAAAGGUAUCAGAGAUUUAUAUUCAAACGUCGCCCCAUUUAUUGGAAGACGUUAAACUAAAAAUCGAAGAGAUUCAUGAAGAGGUGCAAACUUCUCCAAUUUCGGUAGAAGAAUCGGAAAAACCUGAAACACCUGAAGUGAAGGAAGUUCACACGGAGAUGCAAACUUCUCCAUUACCUGCUUCGGAUUUCGGCAUGCAAACUGUACUGGAAGAGAAAGAAUUAGAACCUGAGAAACCGAUUAUACAACACUCGGAAAUGCAAACAUCGCCAUUACCAGCUUCAGACUUUAGUGGUCAGACUGUGGAGGAAGAGGCGCCCAAAAUAGAAGAAAUAAGUACUCAGACCAUGGAAUCACCUGUCAAGAAAAUGGAAGAAUAUGCUGUUCAAACAAGUCCAAUCGAAGAUAUCAAAGAAAUUGUUCCGAUCGAAACCGAGGAAAUUCAAGUUCAAACUGUGGCCACAGAAGUAGCUUCCAUCGAAGCACAAACAUCGCCCAUUGCGCCAUUCAUGGAAAUUGAGACGCAGACCGCAGAAAAAGUCGUAGUUGCCGUUGAACAACAAACCACUCCACCUCCAAUAGAAGAAAAGAUUCUAACUGGAAUAGCUGUUCAAACGGUAACUCCUGAAGUACCCAAGACCACAGAAACGGAAGCACAAACUAGCAAACCGACCACUCCGGAAAUAACUACAUUGGACUUCAAUGUGCAGGCAGAUCUAAUAGAACAGCCCGUUGUCGAUGUAGUGGAAACUCAAACGACACCAGAGGAGAGUCCACGACAAGCGGAAACUCACGAAACUGAGUCACAGACGAUUCAACCGGAGCCAACUCAAGAAAUCAUGAUUCAAACUUGUCCAGUUACUUUUGCUCCAGAGAAAGUCGAGGUUUGCGAAUUAUCUUCUCAGACUAGUAUGGAAGAGGUCAAGGAAUCGAUAGAUGAACAAUCUCAGACCAUGACUCCGGAAAAAAUAGAAACGUUGGAUAGUUCGGUACAAAUAAAGAUAAGCGAAUUAAUAGAACAGAUAGAAGAAAGUGUGCAGAUUAUUCCUGAAACUCGGGAGGAAAGUGAGCAAACGAGUAUCGAAGAGAAGAAACCGUUGCUAGUGACGUCUUCUCAACAAACAAAUGAAGCACUGCAAAUUGUCGAAUCAGAAAAAGAAUUUGUAGUGGAGGAUGAGGAAGGCAACUUGGUCGAGGCCAUGAUAGAUGAGGUUGAUGCGUCGACGGAGAUAAAGGCACCUCUGAUACUUACAGAAAUUCCAGUAGCACCUGAUGUACAAGUACAAGAAACUAAGGAGUACAUGGAUACGAAAACUGAGGAAAUAACAGAACCGGUGUCUGUUAUUGAGGAGCCUUUAAAAAUAGAAGAGUCAAGGAUUGAGAGCUCACAGGGUAUCUCUGAUAUAACGGAGCCUAAGUCAGAAAGCGAAGAGACAAUGGCACCUUCGUUGGAGGAGACGGAAACAGCGGAUGCUGGAUUUGAGAUUCGUUUGCAGGCAACUAUAGAAUUGUGCCCCGAUGAGAGUACAGACAUUACUAGUAAAUUAACUGAUAGUUCGCGAGAUACGACUAUUACCGAAGAUCUAAGUAUCACGGGAAAAGUAGAGGAUAGUAACGUGGUGAAAAGACAAAAACGUAAGAGGAGACACAAAACUAUUGAAAUUUCGGCGACGAGUGAAAAGGAUCUGGAAUCCAUAUUCGGACAGCCUGUAGAAUCGAAAGAUGUUUCUCUGAAAUUGUCUUAUUCCGAUGUUGCUAAGAAAAAUGUGGGCAAAGAGAAAUCGCCUCCUAGAGAAGAUGUUGAAAAAGAUUUUGAAAAGGACGAAUCUGUACGGAAAGAAUCUCCAGAGUUUAUACCGGAAGAGAGUGUUAAAGAAGUUGAAGAAAAAAUAGAAACAGAUGCCAUACCAUUAUCGAUAGCAACAGAACCAGUAUCCGUUAAAGAGAUUCAGGAUAUAUUCAAGACUUUGGGUAAAGAAAAGAUAAUCUCGCCUAUGGAACCAGAAGUACAACAGAUGCCAGUAAUUACGCACACGCCUUCUCCUGAGCCAAUGGACACGACGGAGGAACCAUUUUCUCCUGUGGAAUCAAUUCAUCAAGAGGACGAUCGACCGAGAAUUAAAACCUAUGCGGAUAUUAUCAGCGAAUCUUCUAAGAAAUCAGAAAAAGAUCAACCUUCAACAUGGGAAUUAUCUCAGCACGUUGUCCCACAAAAAGGAGCGAGUUCAAUGGCUUUUUUGAUAGCUGAGAGUACAGAAUACGAGCCCCAACAUCAGAUCACGCAAAGCAGUCAAACGACCAAAGCGAUUUCUGAUCGAAUGCAAAGUUUUCGAAAUGCCAAACAAUCUAGUCAUCUUGGAAAUAUCCUUCAUAUCGCUCAUCUGGAUAAAGUGGCGAAUGAAAAGUUGGCCGAAGAGCGUGCUGCUGAUAUAAGGAAAGAACUGUCUCACCUGAGGGACGCUGCUCAAGAGAAAGAUGCGAUCACCGUGGAGGAAACUCUCGUUGUCAUCGUGGACACGAUUUCCACUUGGUUGGAGACGAUCGAGUACAGAAUCUUCUUGAGCAAAGAAUGUCCUACGGGUCCUUCUCACGAUGAUCAGACUUAUGUCGAACUGAGAGACGAAGUGGAGAAUGUGGAGGAGAAUAUUCAAGAACUGAAUAACGUUUGGAAAUUAGUGGAGAUGAAUUAUCCGAGAGAAGAUCGUAAUAAUUUGCAGGAAUGUCUCGAUGCCCUCAUGCAUCAGGUUAAAAUGAUCGAGGACGCGACCGACGAUGGGGAGAAAUAUCUUACGAACGAGCUUGCUAGAUGGGAUGAAUUCGUAAACGGAGUGUACAACAUGUACAGAUUAAUCGAGGAACAACGAAAACAUCUAAACAAUGUAAUCGAGCUCGAGACAUCCACGAAAUGGAAGCUCGAAGAGCUGGAUAAAUUAGAAAAUAUGAAUCAAUGUCACAUGUGGAAAACCGCGUCGUUGCUCACUGUAUCUCACGAAUUGUUGCGGGAUUAUCCUGGAAAGCACAUUCCGGAAGAGACUUACGCGGCUCACGAGAUGACUAAGAUAAUCGAGCAUGAGAUAUGCAUCGAACGUGAACGACUUCUUCAGCUACUCGCCUUGGCCGAAGAAUACGAGCAAACUUUGCGAGAAUUCGCACAAAUCACCGAGAUCGCAGAAAACUUAUUAGAGAGUCCUAUCUCGGUGAUGAGUUUGGAACAUUUGCAGGAGGAGAUGCAAAAACACAGAAAAUUCUUCGUGAAUUUGAAUCAUUGUCGAGGAAUCUUGGAAUCAUUGGAAGGCAAUCUUGAUCCAGAAACGAGAACCAAAUACUCGGAUCUUCACGAAGAGCUGCACAGUAGGGCUAUAUCGUUGUUAGAUCAGGCCGCAUCUAGAGCUCAGCAAAUGGCUCUUGCAGCAUCCAGAUGGAUUCUUUUGGAACAAGGGGUGAAGGAGGAGAGAGGAUGGCUACAAGUUGCUCAUCAACGAGUACCUGAUCUUCAAACAGUCACGUCGUCCGAUUACGAUCAAUAUAUCUCAUUGUAUCAGUCUCUGGCAACGGAUGUUGCAACGCAUCACGCAAGACUUAUUCAGCUUUUGAACGUAGCGCGAAGUCUCGAGGAACUGGUGAACAUCGAGGAUCCCGAGGAUCGUUACGGAGAAGCUUUAGAUGUGAUCGUAAAACUUGAAGAUAACGUGGAAUCGUCAUUAAGGAAAUUGCUAUCAUUCAAAGAGAGUUGGGUUAAUCAAGAAAUGUUGAUGAACCGAUUGGAGAAUUGGAUGACAUUGGUGGAGAAAGAAUUGAACAAUUUGCGUGAUCCUUUAGGGGGUCACAUACGUCAAUUCUGGGAAUUGAAAGCGCAAUACGAGGUGCACAAUAAUAUUCGAGAGGAGGCUAACAACAGUUUCGAGCAAGCCCUGAGAAUAAUUCCCUUAUCGGAUGAAAUGUUGCAAAGACAGUUCCAUUGCGAGCUUCAAGAUCGCUGGAACGAUGUGACCCAACAGAUCAAUACCAUCCAAGAACAAGUGACUCGAAACAUCUCUUCCGAAGAGAUAUCAUCCAACGAGAAAUUAAAAUUACUCGAGAGAGAAUUGAACGAGUUACGAGUAACGAUCGAUGGAUUCCACGGUGUUUUGAAGACGGAGGAGGAGCUGGAUCUUUACAUCGAACGCUUGACAGUCUUGUUCGACAGGAUCUGUUUGAUCCAAGACGAAUUAGGUCGCUUAGGUUUACUUCCUGUGGCGGAGAGCGAGAAGGUCGGUGUAUUGCUGUCCUCGGCUCGCCGAAUAGAGAGUCAAAUCAGCGAGGAAUUGGAUGCAGCGCAGUUGCUUAGGGAAAGGCUUCAGGCAAUUCAGCGUGGCCUCAGCCGUAUUAGAAAAAUCCAUCAACGGCAAUCAUCUAUAUUGGAUCAAUGCGAGGGAAGCGAACGACAGGGAAGUGACGUGGUCGCAGCUGCCGUGGAUCGAUGUCAAACGGUAGCUGACGAGCUUGCGGUCUUGUGGCAGGAUAUUAUGGGUCUCAGACAAUUAUUGCACACCCUGCCCACCGUGAUGAGAGUCUCGGUUUCUCCAGUCAGCGUAGAACGAGACAUUUCGAAUCUUCAAGAUGCUCAUACCGAUCUGGAAUCCAGAUGCUCGAGAUUGUUGGCGUUAUUGAAGAACAGACUUGCUCUGUGGAGAAGAUUUGAAAAACAGUUGGAAAUGGUGCAGCAAUCGGUUCAGGAGGCUGAUUACAUGAUGGAAUUGUUGACCGUGCAAGGAUCUGUCGAUUACGACAGGUUGCUGAAAGCUACCGAAAGGCUAGAGGGUCUCAGCGGUGAUUUGGGUGCGCGAGAAGUUCUCAUUGGCGAAUUGCGAGAAGCUGCCGAACCUCUGCGGGAGGGUUGCGCUGCAGAGGUCCGCGAGAAGGUCGAAGCGGCGGUAAAUGAGGCCGUUCAGGCCUGGGAGGAUACCAGGGCCGAAUUAGAUGCCCUUUGUACCAAGUAUCAGCACGCGUGCAGAUUGUGGCAACAGUACAAAGACUCGAGUGCUGCGGUUAAGGCCUGGGUGGACACGCAAAUGGACAGCGUCGCCAAUCUCCCACCUGAAGAGGCCGUCAAACACAUCAAGGUUUGCGAGGAGACGAUGGCGGAGCACAAGGAAAGAUUGGCGGAGCUUCAAGGCCUGGUGGCACAAAUCGCGUCGGACGUCGGGUUGGACGCGAGUGGACCGUUGCACUGCGAAGUGGAGGCACUUGGACAACGUCUCGAGGAUAUCCGUGAAACGUUAUCGUGCCUCGCGGAUGCGGCGCACGCCCGCGCCCUCAACCAGGAGCUCGCACGUGGUGAUUUAUGUCAGACGAAAAGUUUCCUGGAUUCGGUCCAACAGAGCCUCACCGCGGUGGGUCAAGGCGAGUCGAAGGAACAACUGGAACUCCUCCGCAACCAUCUUCUUGCGCUCACCUGCACAGAACCGCAGCUACAAUCAAUCAAGGAACGCAGCCUGGAGGUAACGACGCAAGAACCGUCGGUUGUCGAAGUGUUGAAACUGUGGCAGAAGGUCUUCAGAGAAACCUUCCAACAGUAUCACCGGUUGUCGGCUCUUCUAGUCAAAACGCAAGAUGGUGCCACUGCCUUGAAACUUUGGCAGGAGUACUUGUUCUAUGUACAAGAUUUCCUGUCCAACGAUGUUCCCGGCGACUAUAACGGUUUGUCGGAACACAGGAACCUCUGCGAGGUUCAUCAGAAUCUCCUGACCGAUCAACAGAAUCUCAUUCUCACGGUUCGAGCGGAAGAGGGAAGUAAUCUAUCGAAAACCGAGCAGUUCAACAUUCUGACGAACCAGCACAACGAAACUCUGGCUAAAAUAAUGGAGAGGCACGCGGCUGUACGCGACAGAUUGGCUGCGUGGGAUCGGUACAAAUUGGAUCAGAGUAAACUCUUGUACUGGCUGAAGGAAAUCGAAAGAGAACGAAGCCAGUUACGCUUCAGAUUCAUCCAAAUACAGAGGUUGGACGAAAUUCUCCAGAGGAUAGAGUCGUUGCUGGAGAAGAUACCCGAAGGCGAAGCCCAAUUGGAAUCUCUGCAGAGGCAACAGGAGACACUGCUAGUCAAAUGCGAUGAGGCAUUAGCCGUGACCAUUCACAGGGAUCACGCAGCCAGCGUACAAAGAAUCAACAAUCUGAGCUCCAGCCUGGAGAUGUGGAGGGAUCACAUCCCGAGGAUACAGAAACGAUACAAGGAGUACGAGGAAAAGGCGAAGGAAAUUAAUAGUUCGUUCACGGAGAUCGGUCAAGCUUUCAGUACAGCGUUUCACUCGAGUCCUGCUAGUUUGACGAGGACGAAACAGCAAUUGGAAUCUGUACACCAGAUGCAGAAUAGAUUAUCCUCGAUGAGCGUGGAUUUAGAAUCCUUAGGCGUGAUGAUACAACAAUUGAGAGAGGAUCUCAGUCCGACCGAUAUAAAAUCGUUGAACGAACAGCGGGCGCUUUUCCGGCUGCAGCACGAGGAUCUGGAACAUCAGGCAGCGUUGCUGAUAUGUAGAUUGGAGGAGCGUUGUGGUCUGUACGAUCGGUGGAGGGAUAGAUUAGCCAGGUUACUCGCGUGGAUAGGAGAAACUGAGAUCAGAAUCCAGGAUUGUGAUUCGCCAAACGAGCCCGAGGAAACUCUUAAAAAAUUGGAAUGCGAGAUACAAUCGGAUAUCGCGUUGAAACAGCGAGAAUUAUUGUGGAUACAGAACACUGGACAAGAUUUGGUAGAAGUAGCGGAGGAAGAAGAGAGCGAAAGGUUGCAACGAUCCCUGGACGAGUUAAAUGAGAGGUGGGAUCGAUUGGUGGCCAUGGGAAAAGCGAGAGCUAGUAAAUUGAUGGAUUUGAUGAGGACGAUGAGCACGUUGGAGAAGAGGAUAAACGAGUUGAGGAGCUGGCUGGCCAGCGUUGAAAGUCAAUUGUCGGAAACGUUCGUGGUCGAGGCGAUCGAGCAGAGUUGCAUCGAUAAGAAGCUAGACGAUCACGAACAUCUUCAGAAAACGAUCGAAGCGGAAAGCGGAAAUAUCGGCGAGGUAUUGAAUCUCUGCGAGAUUCUGUUGAAUGACUGUGAUGCGUGGAAAACCUCUUUCAACAACGCGAUUAAAAGCGGGAUGGAAGGUUUGGAGCGUAGGUGGACGACCACCUGCGUGAAAUCGGCGGAAAGAAAGGGGAAUAUCAUUCUUGCGUGGAAAAUUCUGCAGGAAUUGGAGAAGAUCAGGUUGGAGCAGGAAGGUUGGCUCGCGGAAACGGACAAAGCUCUCGCGGAAUUGGAGAACAACUUGGACGAAGUUUCGAAGGACGAGUCUAAGAAGGCUAUCGAGAAAGCGAGAAGUAUAUCCGAGGACGUAGAGGCGCACGAACCGGUGAUCAAGAUAAUCGAGCAAAACUUUGGACGUUUAGCUAGAACGGGUUUGGAACCAGAUAACCUGAAAUCGCUUAUCAGCGAAACCAGACGGCUUAUCGAUAAAUGGCAAACGUUCAAGCCUCGAGCAAAUGCCGUUUUAUUGGCUCUCCAGAAAGGGCAGAAGAAUUAUCGAGAUUUUAUCACUGUGCACGGCGCAGCGGUCGUUGGACUGACGCAAGUCGACGUUCGAUUGACCAGAACGCAACAUCUGGCCACGCCGGAACAGAAAGCGUCGAUUCGUCGUAGGCUGCAGCAAUUGAACGAAAUCGAGGAAGAACUUCGCACUCAGAACAUCACGUUGCAGAAAGCGGAUGAAUUGGCGCUUAAAGUUAUGCAAGAAUGUCAUCCGGAUGACGUGGCGAAUAUCCAAGAACUGGUGGACGAGUAUCAACUGUUAUGGAAGGACAUUAAGAAGAGAGUGGCAUCGUUAAGAGCGGAAAUAGAGGGACAGGAAAAGUCUGAAGUCGACGAGGCUGUGCAAGUGGAAACGUUGAAAUUCGAACAGGACAGUGCGGUUCAAGUGGAUACGUUGCCUAGAUUAUUACGAAUGACUUCUAGCGACGCAUACCUGAUGGAAUUGGAAGCUGCUCUGGUCGAGUGCAACGAUGCAUUGGAUACGUUGCAAUUAGCAAUCGCUCCGGAUCCUGUUGCUGGACCUGGAUUAAAUUCGAUUGCUAAAAAUAUCAGUAAAUUAAUCGGAAGCUGUCAAUCGUCGAUCGAGUUGGUUCGUCAUUUGCACAGUUUGCUCAUAGAAGAUGGAAAAUUGAGCGCGCAAGCCGCUAAGGCUAACGAGGUGGCUGCGUUAACGGAAAGAUACGAAAAUCUUCUUAUAUUGGCGAGAACGCGAGAACAACAAAUUAGAGAACUCAGGUCACCUAACUCCGACGUUUACACCUCUCCUUGCGAUCACGACAAUGGUAGAUUAACCUGUCCCCUAUGUUCGCGUCGUAACUGGGCCCAACUGGAGAACGAUCUUUGGAGGUUGGAAAAAUGGCUGGAAUUCGCUGAAGGCACCCAAAGCGCGCAACAUUCGCCACCUGGCAACAUCGAACAAUUGGAGGAUGUGAUACAGGAUCACAGAGAAUUUGUGCUCGAUUUAGAUUGUCACGAAAGUAUUCUUGCCAGUCUGAACACUGUUGGCGCGCAUUUAGCCGAUCACACGGAGGAAUUGCUUCGAGCAACGCAGCUCAGAGACAGAUUAGCCGUUGCGAAUACGAGAUGGGUGAAAGUUUGCAAAGUAGCUGCACAUUGGCAGGAACAAUUGCAGACUGCACUAAUGUCGAACGAGCAAUUCCAUCGUAUCAUAGAGGAAUUGGUUACCUGGUUGGAGAAAACUGAAGUCAGUAUACGAGCCAGCGAACCGGUCGAUCUGACCGAGUCGCCGGAAAUUAUGACUGCAAAGUACAAUAAAUUCAGGGAAUUGAGAAGUGAUUUGGAGCGAUGCGAGCCUCGAGUUCUGUCGCUUCAAGAGUCAGCCAACCAAUUAUUGGACGAGAAAGGCGAAACCAGAGCACGCCUACAGGAACUUCGUCUCAGAUUGCAGUCCCUUCGACGGUUAACCGGAAUAUACGCUUUAAAACUAGGAGCAGCCCUAGGGAUGGACCCUCGAGACGUUGGACUCGCAGCCACUACCUCUUCUCUCGCUUCCCUUUCACACGAUUUGCUCGACGAAGCUGCCUCUGGAACCGUUCAGCCCCACGACGCACCUGGCACACAUGGUGACGAUGGCGAGCGUACGGUAUUGUCUCGGGGAUACCGUUUCCUGGGUCGCGUGUUACGCGUUUCCCUGCCGAUUCAGGCGUUGAUGCUUCUAUUCCUCGGCGUCGCCUCUCUGGUUCCUUCCGCCGAAGAAGAUUACAGCUGCAUGCUGUCGAACAACCUCGCCAGAAGCUUCACGCCAAUGGUCGUGUAUCCGAACGGGCCACCGCCGAUCUAACGAUAAAGAAGCUUAAUCUCGGGCGCGCCGACUUCGCCGGACCCAGACGAACUUACAAUCGUAACAUCCAGAGGAGUCGCGGGAAGCGGAAGCGCGAGAUCACGCACGAUCUGCGUACCUACUUAACUAGUCUGUCGUAUGGCGAUCCGUCGAUGGUAUCGAGCGAUCGAUGAAUGAGAAAAGAUCUGUUUUUUUUUUUUUUUACAAAUUCUUUCAUCGAUCAGAAUCUCUCCAUCGAGGCAGUCGAGCAACGUGGGUAGAAACAAGUAGUAAAACGUGUUCCACUGUCUCGAUGGGGGAAGAAUAUAUUGGUAAGAAAAUGGUGAAAGACACGUUCCUUUUACAGACGACGAUUUUACACGUGUGAUAAUUGUUUGUACUUGUGCGUAGAACACGCGUUACGGACCAAAAACGAUCGUCAUUGUUACGACCCAUAGCAUCCGUUUACUUACGUUCUGUAUAAUUAUUGUGAUCUUGGUGCAAUAUUUGCAUAAUAUUUUUCCCUUGUCCCCGAAUACCACGAAGAGUCGAAAAUUACAAACGAUUAUACGACAGAGAACAGAAAAAGAAAAAGAGAUCCACGAGGACGUACGACCCUUUGGGUACUCGAUGGAUCCGUUUCCGAUUUUCGAUCAUUUAGCCCGACAUUCCAUGUAACAUUACCGCGUUUGUAUUUAUACGAUACGUAUUGUAGAUAUCGUUUCGUUGACAAUUGAUUAGUUUUCCUCCCUCCCUCCAGUUUUUUUUUUCGUUUGUCUCUAAAAAAAAAGAAAAAAGAAAAAAACGAACGAAUGCGCGAGUGUAUGUGAGAGCGCGUGUGGACGAGAGAGAAAUGGAUUAAUGUCACAUGGAAUGCGCGAGAAAAUAAUGUUGACGAUUAAAUUAUAUUUACGAUUAUUAACGAAUAUAACGAAUCGCUUGUAUUGUGUGCAUACAGAAAAUAACCGCGGAACGAUCAAAGGAAGACGGCAUAAUUAAUGUGUACGUACCGUAGAAUAUUUCAGGGAGUAUCCGUGACUUUUACGUUAGUACGUAACGAAGAAAAUAAAUAUAUACAUACUUGUUCGACUUUAUUUUUUAUACGUUGCGUUUAUAACUCGAGGGAGAGUAGGGAAAGAGCGGUUCGAUUAUGAAAUCGAGAACGAAACGUCCACUGACCGAUUACUUCAACGUGAUCGCUUAACGCGAUAGUCAUUGGUGCUAGUUCGAAACGAUAGAGAGAAACAUAAUAAUUAAUAUUAUAAUACGAUUAUAAAAUAUUAUCAUCGAGAAAUGGUAAAUGAAUUGUUUCUUAUUUCCAUUGUUUUUUCUAUUCCUUAAGAGAGAAACGAAGAAUGAAAAAAAAACGAAGAAACGAGGAUGGAGAGAAUACAGAAAAAAGACGAAAAAACACAGAUAGUAUCGCAUAAUAAUCGAAGUCGCAUAAUGAACGAAGUUACCGACGACACACCUAACGAGGUGCUUUUUUUCUUUUUUUUUUUUUAUUAUUUUUAUCCCUUUCUUUUUUUGAAAAACGAGAACGACACACUUUUGGAUACGCACAAAAGGAUCACGAGUUUAUAUUCGAGGUACAAAAUAAGAGAACGACUGUAUUUAACGGCCCGCUAGUUUCGCUUCCUAAUUUAUCGAUAUCUUGCUUGCUACGCGACCGAGCUUUGUUAUGUAUUUUUAUAAGGACAGAGCUUUUCGAAGGCGGUGUACAUCUAUCGAUGUAAUGUAAUUACAAUAAAUUGAAACCUAUGCAA